AGCAGCGGAGGCAGACAUGAGGCAGUAGUGAGAGCCCGGCGGAGAGCUGCGGAGCUGAAAUGAAGCGCACACACUGAGCAGCUCACACCGUGCAGUGCCGUGCGGCUCAGGAAGAGGCUCCGCGCCGCUAAAGCUGAAGGCUGCUGCGGCUGAAUGAAGGGCUCCGUCCAUGCGGAGGCUAGUGCUCAUUCUGCUGCCCUGUGCUGUCGCCGUCCUGGUGCACUUGUGGUUGGCACAAGGACCCUCCUCCACCCCGCUGGACAACAACAAACACUCGGAUGAAUCGUUACCUUUCCAUGAAGUUUUGGUGGGAGUGCUGUCAGCGAGACACCAUUAUGAACUGCGACAAGCGAUAAGAAAGACCUGGCUGGGCUACAUCCAAGAUCACCCUCACUUCCAGUACAGAGUGGGGGUGAAGUUCAUCGUGGGCGAACAUGGGUGUCCCAUUCCAGAGGAGGACAGGGAGGAUCCGUACUCCUGCACCCUCCUGAACUUCACAAAGCCAGUGGCAGGCCAGGAUGCGGAGAUAGAGAUCGUGACAGUGUCUGACCCAUCGGUGCUCGCCCCCUCCGACGUGUCUGCCAUCGCCUUGGAUUUCAAAGUCCUCCACCCAGUAGUGAUCACCAGGCUGGGGGUAUUUCCCAGCGGGACCCGGCCCGAGCUUCAGAGCAAUGUGACGGUGAAGCUUCUCCAGCUGGACCAGGAGGAGGCUGUGGUCACCGCUCGCUUUAGUGCCAUCAGCACAGGGACCAUGGUAAACGGGGUGUGGUACAAACCAGUGGAGCAGUUCAUCUUGCCGAAGGGCUUUGAGGGGACACUGGUUUGGGAGAAUUUGGACUCUGCUGGAUUGAUCACAGUCAACUCGUCCUCUGUGCAGCUCAAUGAUGGAGGAGGUGUCCUCAAGAUCUCCUCUAUCGCAGAGGGCAUAUUGCCUCAUAGAAGUGCGCUUGGAUUUCCUGGUUUGGCUGGAGGGUUCACAUUUACUAUCUAUGAUGAAGAAGGCUUAUCGGGGCUCCUGUGGGGCCGCCCAGCCAGGAUGGAGCACCAUGCCUCCAGGCUGAGGCAGGAGGACGCAGCCUUGCAGCAGGAGAGCCUCAGGCACGGCGACAUGGUGUUCGUAGACGUGGUAGACACCUACAGGAACGUGCCUUCCAAACUGCUUCAGUUCUAUAAAUGGUCUGUUGGAAACGCUGACUUUAAUCUGCUGCUGAAGACGGAUGAUGAUUGUUACAUCGACGUGGACUCUGUAUUAAUGAAGAUUGACCACAAGGGUCUCAAGCGCAGCAAUUUCUGGUGGGGGAAUUUCAGGCAGAGCUGGGCAGUGGACCGCAUUGGGAAGUGGCAGGAGCUGGAGUACGCCAGUCCAGCCUACCCGGCGUUCGCUUGCGGCUCGGGCUAUGUGGUCUCUCGUGACCUGAUCCAGUGGCUCGCCAGUAAUGCGGAUAAACUGAAGGCCUACCAGGGAGAAGAUGUGAGCAUGGGGAUAUGGAUGGCAGCUGUUGGGCCACAGAAAUAUCAGGACCCCGGUUGGUUGUGUGAGAAAGAAUGCUACCUGGACAUGCUGUCGUCUCCCCAACACACAGCCGAGGAGCUGCACAUCCUCUGGGACAGGAAGAGAGCAUGUGGAGACCCCUGCGGUUGUCCCUGGGGCCACUAAAUCUGGUUCACACCACACUUACCAUACGGCGCUGUGGGUAACACGCACUCAGCAUUGGUUGUGAGUUCAGUUUCUGUGGUUUCUUUAAAACCCCAAACUGAGUUAUUUUAUGAUAAAAAUCAAGAGUUUUGAAAUGUGGGAAAAUAAUCUUAGAAACUUUAGAUUUCUUUGCAGGUUCUUAUUAACAAAAUACUGUACCAACAUAAUAACCAUUCGCAGCUUCAGAAUAUGUUAAACUCACAUGUAGCUGUAGCAUACUGUCAGCGUUUGUAUCAUGAACUUGUUUAUUCAAUUUGAGAUUGAAAAUGUCUUCAGUGGAACAGACAAAGUGUGGAUGAAGAUAUGUUUUUAGUAAUGAGAUAACUGACGGGGAUGGACAAGAACCAUGUGCAAUAGCAGCAUGUGAUCAUCGUGUACAGAAUCACUCGUGUAAGACUUGAGUACUUUGUAAUAUUGUAAUUAUUGGUGCUCUAAUACUUGACAGACCUAAACCUUUUGGCUUAAAAGAGAUGUUUGAUGGAAUUUUAAAGACUAUUGCUUUACAUUGCUUUAUUUUGUAAAUUAUUGUCUAAAGCUUUUCAUCCUCCUUCCCUAUUUGUAGAUUUACAAGAAGCUUUCUCAACAAUCGCACACAGUUUGUACUGUAACUGUCAUUGUGCAACUAGUGAUGUGGCCUUACUGUAUGUGUUAGGUGCCAUACUGUAUGUAUGUUAUAACACUUGUGAUAUCAACACAGAUUUGCAACACACAUUUUUGGAACGUGAACAAGCAGUCAGUGACUGAAAUGCUCACUAGUUUAACACUGGUUUUAUGAAACCCUCCUCACAGGUAAUAAAGGACACUUAAGAGA